AUGCCAGGGAUAGCGCAGAGGGUUAUGAAUGAUACUGGUGUUGACGAGGAUGAUGGUGAUGUUAGCUGCCACAACCCAUUGGUGAGGAAUGGGAAGCUUUCCUUCCAUUCUUUUAAUGGUUCGUCUGUUUCCAGUAAUGGGUUUUGGUCCCAGCACCGUGAUGACUUGAGCUACAAUCAGCUGCAGAAGUUUUGGUCUGAGCUCACGCCGCAAGCUCGACAGGAUCUUCUGAGAAUAGACAAGCAGACACUGUUUGAGCAUGCCCGUAAGAACAUGUAUUGUUCUAGGUGCAAUGGUUUGUUGCUUGAAGGUUUUUUGCAGAUUGUCAUGUAUGGAAAGUCUCUACAGCAGGAUGCAAAUGGGAGUCCUUACAGUGGGAAAGCCACAGACUAUGAAAAUGAUGCUGACUUGUGUAUGGCCAGUGGGUGCAAAGAUGAUAUCCAAGAUCCAGCAGUCCAUCAGUGGGGUGGAUUGACCACAACCCGGGAUGGGACACUCACACUUUUGGACUGUUAUCUUUAUUCAAAGUCCUUAAUGGGGCUCCAAAAUGUGUUUGACAGUGCACGUGCUAGGGAAAGGGAACGAGAAUUGCUUUAUCCUGAUGCAUGUGGUGGAGGUGGACGAGGAUGGAUGCGCCAAGGAGUUGCAGGAUAUGGUAGAAGUCAUGGAACAAGGGACACAUGUGCACUUCACACUGCCCGAUUGUCUGUAGAGACAUUGGUGGACUUUUGGUCCGCACUGGGAGAGGAGACUCGACAUUCUCUUUUAAGAAUGAAAGAGGAAGACUUUGUUGAAAGGCUCAUGUAUAGGUUUGACAGCAAAAGAUUUUGUCGAGAUUGCAGAAGAAAUGUUAUACGCGAGUUUAAGGAGCUGAAGGAGUUGAAACGCAUGCGGAAGGAAACCCGAUGCACAAGUUGGUUUUGUGUGGCAGACACGGCUUUCCAAUAUGAGGUUUCUCGUGAUACAGUUCAGGCUGAUUGGCAGCAAACAUUUUCAGAUACUUUUGGAACAUAUCGUCACUUUGAAUGGGCUAUUGGAAGUGAAGAAGGAAAAUAUGAUAUCUUGGAGUUUGAAAAUGUUGGUUUGAGUGGAAGGGUUCAAGUGAAUGGUCUAGAUUUGAGUGGGCUAAAUGCCUGCUAUAUAACUGUACGGGCCUGCAAAAUGGAUGGACGCAUCAAUGAACUGCGUGUGAAAGCCCAUGCAUUGCGAGGCCAACAAUGCGUUCAUUGUAGGCUUGUGGUGGGUGAUGGUUUAGUAAUGAUUACAAGAGGAGAAAGUAUUAUCAGGUUCUUUGAACAUGCAGAGGAGGCUGAGGAAGAAGAGGAUGAUGAUUCCAUGGACAAGGAUGGAAAUGAGCUUGAUGGUGAAUGCUCCCGCCCGCAGAAACAUGCCAAGAGUCCUGAACUUGCUCGAGAAUUUCUCCUAGAUGCUGCGACUGUCAUUUUCAAGGAACAGGUCGAGAAAGCUUUUAGAGAAGGAACAGCUAGGCAAAAUGCUCACAGCAUUUUUGUUUGUCUUGCUCUCAAGUUACUGGAAGAACGUGUACAUGUUGCAUGCAAGGAAAUCAUCACUCUAGAAAAACAGAUGAAACUUCUAGAAGAAGAGGAAAUGGAAAAGCGCGAAGAAGAAGAACGAAAGGAGCGAAGGAGAGCAAAAGAAAGGGAGAAGAAGCUCCGGAGGAAGGAAAGGCUACGAGAAAAGGAAAGUCGGGAAAAGAAAUCUGCCGACUCUAACUUAGAUGCUGUGGUGACUGAUGUUUCAAAUGAGGAUUCGGCACCCUGUAUUGACGAGAAGGUCCAUGAUAAUGUCUGCAGCAGAGAUUCUAGCGGUGAAAGAGCCGAACCUGCUCCAUCUGUCAUGUUGUCCCCUGAUACUCAUGUCGAGCAGCACCGCCAGCUUUCAACGGGUUACGCUCACUCGAAUAUGGAUAGUCCUUCAGAAGAUAUUGUGGAAGGGGAAUACGGCAACACGGGAGAUUGGAACCCGUCUUUCCCGUACGACCACCUCAAGUAUUCUCGCAGGAAGCUGAAGUUUCGCAAGGAUUCGCCUCGGGAUUUGAACUUGAGAUGGCCAGAUAGGAGAAGAGGUCCAGCAUUAUCGGGCAAUGGGGCUACCGCUGGCAAAUAUGAAUCAAGGUCUCAUGCUGAUGGUUUAAAUGGUUUUAAUAAGCAAUUAAGAACCAAUGCUGCCAAGUCUAACCUUAGAUAUGGCAACAAGUCAAGUGAAAAAUUCCAGUGCACAAAUAUCAGAACCGUGGAUAGCUACGAUUCACAUUCCUGCAGCUGUAACUAUCACCUUGACUACAGAUCAAGGUCUGAACCACAUAUCGCGAGAGCAGGCCGAGAUCCCAAGUGUGCCAGUAAGCUGGAGUCGCCUCCCGAGAUCUCGUCAAAAACGUUUAAUCGUGGCAAAAGGUAUACUCAAGUGGAGCCUGCACGUGAUAACAGCGGCCGACUUAAAAACAAGAUAAUUGCUGGCACCACUCCCAAUAUUAAGAAAGUGUGGGAACCAUUGGAUUCGCAAAAGAAAUGCAUCCGCAGCAACUCGGAUUCCGACGUCACCUUGAGAUCCACAGCCAAAGUUGAGGCUUCUGAAUCCGAUCAAAUCCCUGAAUGUUGUUCCACCAGUUCUGAUGAAGUUACUGAUAUUUCAGUACAAACCAAUCACGAGGACCAUCAUGCAAGGGAUUUAUCAAAUUCCAUAGCUGAGAAAUGCAGAGAUACUGACAGUACAAUGGAAAAGCCCCAAGAUUCGUCAAUGAGCAACUCGUCUAACUCUGAUAACGGCUCGUCCUGUCUCAGCGAGGGCGACAGCAACAUGUACUCAAACGCCCACAAUCUCGAAUCAACAUCCACUUCAGAUGGAAAAGAAAUUUCCAACUGCUUUGAAAGUACUUCGUCUUACAGAGUCGCAGCAGAAGAUCAGAGUGCAUCAAGGGGGCAGGACGGUAAAAUGAAGGUACCUGCCUCAGCCACAACAAAUUUGCUUGACAAUGUUUCUAAUGAAUCCACUAAAUUUAGCGAAAAUGGGAAAGUAAGCAUCAGAAUAGGCACUCAGUCUCAGAGUGUUCUUACUCAGUUGCAAAAUAGAAGUAUCAACUACCCAAUUUAUCAAGCACCCACAGUGAGCUAUUAUCAUCAGAAUCCGGUUUCUUGGCCAUCAGGCCCCGCAAACGGGCUGAUGUCCUUCCCCCACUCCAAUCACUAUUUAUUUUCCAAUGGUUAUGGUUAUGGUUUGAAUGGUAAUGCGCCAUUCAUGCAGUAUGGGUCCUUGCAGCCUCUGGCCCCACCAUUGCUUAAUCAUUCUCAUGUUCCUGUAUUCCAGCCCGUUUCUCAGGUUAGCACAAACGAGCCCACUAAUGCCACCCAUCUACCUUCUGCUACUGAUCAACCAGAAAUGCCAAAAGCUGUGGAUGAUGGAUGGAAUGCGAAGGCUGAUAAAACAGAUAUGUGCGGUAGUGGUUUUUCUCUCUUCCAUUUUGGAGGCCCUGUAGCUCUUUCGACAGGAUACAAAGCUGAUCCCUCAACCUUGAAUGAAGGGAUUAUUGGGGAUAAGGAAAAAUCGUCGGCUACUGGUCCUGAUAACGAUAGUUCAUGCAGUGAGAAGGAUCCUGUUGAGGAGUACAACUUGUUUGCUGCAACUAAUGGCAUCAAAUUUUCCAUCUUCUGA